CGUGGAUUCGGACACACCCGUUGAUUACGCAAAACAUGUCCAGACGUUAAACAUGGCGGACUUUUCGGAGAGGACGCUCCAAGUCGCUGUGGUUGUUUCUUUUGCGGUUGGCUUUUUGUCGGGCUGGCAGGCGAACCGGAUGAGGAGGAAGUUUCUAGACUGGAGGAAGAAACGGCUCCAAGAUAAACUAUCAGAGACGCAGAAGAAGCUGGACCUAGCAUAGCUAAUGGUGGUCUGUCUGCUGUGUGGAGCUGAAGUGAAACUGAAAUCUCGGAUGUCCCACUGUCCCGUCCUGUCCUGUCUGGUGUCCGCCACCCAUAAGGAGUUUUCUGUCUCUUCCCAAGAUCCAGGAAGUCUUGCAGAAUAGAAGCGUUUUUUCUGUUCACACAUAAAUAUCAUUGGGGAAAGUUUAACUUUAUUUUCAGUGGUUUUUAUUUUGGUGUUUUUCAUACCUGAACAAAUAAAUAAUUGUAUUUUC